CAGCCAUUUUAGCCUGGCUGAAAACAACCAGCGAAACCAUCACAGAGUUUUUAAUGGUUUUACUGGUUAUAAUAGAAAUUGUACUGGUUUUAAUGGUAACUGUAAUGGUGCCUGUUGGUCUCCACUGGUAAUUGGUCAGCUUCUAUUGUUUUGUUCAGCAGGGAGGAUAGAAAUAGUUUGUGGCUUGGUCUUAGUGACUUAGGAGUCCUCUUCACUACUCCUUAUGUUUCAAAGAUUUAAGAGCUUUUUUUAAUGCUAAAAUGCUUGGUGAAAUACUCUUAGGAGUCCUUAAUUUAGGACUGACACGCCCAUUAUUUAAAAGAUUUUCCCCCAAAUCUGCAAGUUAUGAGCUACUUUUAGCCUUAAGAUGGUUUGUGAAUAUGGGCACUGGUAACCAGGAUUCCUCUGGCAAAACUAUGCAGAGACACAGCAUGAAAAUGGAAUGGACAAGACAAGAUAAACUAUACCAACAGGACAGUAAGCAUGAAGGUUAAGUAAACGCAGAGCAGAGAGGAGAGUUUAAACCACAGUCAUAUUUGUGGAAAUAUCAGCAUUUCAUUAUAUUUCUAUAGAAUUUUUUUUUUUUUUUUUUUUGUAUUUUCAUUACCUUGAGCACAGGGCUUGUAAAGUCAAAUUAAACUGUAUAACUCUCAAUGCUGUUACCUUUCUGAAUACUUAAUUAUAUACCAUCAUAUAUUAAAAUGUCUUUAUUUAGCUUGAGAUGACAACGCAAUUAUAGAAUUACCCCUGUAUUGCAGGUUAUGGCAACUGUUGCUGUGGUUUUUACAUAUGCAUGCUCAUAUGAUUUCUGAUGGGGAAGUGAGGAAAGGUCAUUACUAACGGUAGAACAGAAACACAAUAAGGGAGAGAGAGAGAGAAGGUUUUGUUGCUUGAUAGAUAAGGUUCAUUUCACUUUUAGCUAUACAGUGGCACACGCCCGGCGACAGAGAGUCAGUCAUUAGUAUUGUACUAAAAAUGAUGGGCACAAAAGUUAAAAAUACAGAGAUACCAUUGUCUCUGGAACAGUUUAACAUCUCUGAGGAUUAUGGGUUUAUUCUUCCUGAGCCUCUGAGAGACCUGCCGGUGUACUACAAGCCCUGGAUGGACAUUGCCAGAAAUGUGCCAGAACUCAUCUCCUCCCAUUCUCUGCGACUCAGAAUUCAUGAUAUGCCUCUGUUGGAGACUCAUUUGUUACAGACACAUCGUGAGCUUCGUUUGGCCCAUCUGGCUUUGAGCGUAAUGACUAUGGGUUAUGUAUGGCAAGAGGGAGAGAGAGAAACAGUAAAAGUGCUUCCACGGAGUCUGUCGGUGCCGUUCUCUGAGGUGUCUCAGAGACUGGGUCUGCCUCCGAUUCUCAUCCAUGCUGACACAGUCCUCGCCAACUGGAAGAAAAGAGAUCCAGAUGGACCUUUUUCCAUGGAGAACUUGGACUUAUUGCUGACAUUGCCUGGUGGGGAAAGUGUAAGAGGAUUUUUUCUGGUGACACUGCUGGUAGAGUUGGCAGCUGUUCCUGGCCUGAAGUCUAUCCUUGAUGUCAUCAACGGCGUCCAGUAUAAUGAUGUUGCUAUGGUCACCAAAGCUCUGGAUGUUGUCGGUCAGGCCAUAGACAGCAUGACAAAGGCCUUUAAACUAAUGCAUGAAUAUGUAGAUCCCUCCAAAUUCUAUGGCAUUAUGAGGAUCUAUCUGUCUGGAUGGAAAGAUAACCCAUUAAUGCCAGAAGGUCUCGUGUACGAGGGAGUUCAGGAGAAGCCAAUGGAGUUUUCAGGAGGCAGUGCUGCUCAAAGUAGUAUCUUACACUGCUUUGAUGAGCUGCUGAGAGUCCAACAUGAAGGCAGCAGCGGGGCCUUCCUGAGAAGAAUGAGGGACUACAUGCCGCCCUCUCAUAAGCAAUUCAUUGAAACCAUCUCUAGUCGCCCGUCUUUGCACAGCUUUGUGCUCCAGCAAGCGGAUGAGCAUCUAACACACACAUUUGAGCAGUGUGUGGCUCGCUUGGUGGACUUUCGAAAUUACCACAUCAUCAUUGUCACUCGUUACAUCACUAUCCCAGCCUCCCGUGCCAAACAGCUCCGUGCCAAUAAGCAGGGUUUGGCCGAGGAGCUGGACGCGAUCAGAAGUGCACCCACAGCGCUGGAGGAAAGAGGUACUGGAGGGUCAGGGAUUAUGACCUUUCUGAAGACAGUGCGUGACGAAACCAAAGACACUUCCAUCUCACAGUGUACUAAUGGGAACCAAGUCUCGCCAGAGCCAUCAAUAACAGAAAUACAGAAGGCUGCAUCUACACUCACAACAAAAUGAUAAUAGCACCAAAGUAUCUUGGAAUGGCGAUUUGACAACCAAGGCUCAUUGGAAAAAUGUGCCUGUUGCUACAUUUCUGCAAAAUGAUAUUACAUUGCUACUUGUGCAUUUUGCGACACUUUCAAAGUGAAAUGUCCAGUGAGUGAAACUAAAAACAUUUAAUUUCAUCCACAGCAGAUUAUUAUGUUGCUUGUUGUACUGUACAUAGCCUAUAGUAGCUGUUUUGAAAUUAAAUGUCCAGUGAGUGGCGCUAAAAAGUUGUCUCCAAGAUUAUCUAGGUUGUAUGUUACUUUUUUUCUUCAGAAGAACAGUAACAAAGAUUCUUGGUGAUUCAUAAAAUGCAAGUUAACAGCUACAGUCAAAAUUAAUAAUCGCGGCUCCUGAUGAUAAAUUGAGGUGUGAUGAUAUAUUGAAGUAAAACAAUUGAACUAAGCAAGAAACUAAAUGUUAUUUACAACCAGACUUGGACAGAAGAACUGAUGAACUGCUGAUAAGAGCAUGCAUAAACCCUAGCACUUGAAUGAAGGGUCAAAAUGAAAGUUUUUCAUGCAAAAUGGUGAGAUAUUUAUGACUAGUUUAUUGCCUGCUUUAGACGUAAAACAUCCAUGUUUCACAUAAUUAUUGUGUGUUUUAUACGUAAACUAAUUGGUGAAUUGGUUAUUUGAACCAGUUCGUAGAAAUGAACCGUCUGAAAGAAUCAGUUUCACAGAAAAUGGAUUACAAUGGAUUACAGGUAAUAGUGUUAUAAAAAAUAUUCAGUUUCUUGCACAGACCAAUUGUUGACCAAACAUAUAUUUUACACACUAACCAGACAUCCAAAACAAUGCUGCUUUAUGUGUGCAAAUUGAGAUUUUAUUUAUUUUUUAACCAGCUGAUAACUCACAAACAGUAUUGGGGGUAACACAUUACAAGUAACACGAGUUAUUUAAUCAGAUCACUUUUUUUUUUUCAAAGUAACGCAUUACUUUUUAACUAUCUGAGUUAAAUGAGUAACACUAACACCAGUUACUUUGUUUUCCCAUUAAUUGACUGGUUAGGGUUAGGGUUAGGCUCUCCGAAUGUUGAGAGACAUUGGGAGUAAGUGCAGAAGCGUUGUUGCACUUGCACGAAAACAGAUUCAUUGUUCCUUAAAAUUAAUAAAAACAGUGAAAUCCAAACUCAGAAUAUGACGUAAAACUCCAAUAAUUAAAUAUGUCAAAUAACACAAA